UGCGCGGCACGUCGGCUUGUGGCAGGUUGGUUUGCAACUGACGUCUCGUCUCGUCCACUACGUACUGAACGUCAAUGCGGUAGUAAUGAACAGCAGAGCAUAGGUUAGAGAGGUCUAACCUAGCAAAGCAGAUUCAAAACGGACAUCAGACUGUGAGAAAGGAUCAUCAGGGCUCCAUAGGCUGCUUAAAAAACAUGGGAAACGCAGAAAGCGGCGUUGCCGGAGCCAGCGGGGACGAGGAAGAUGUCGAAGCCGAAAGCCCAGGGUUCGCGGAAGACAGCCCGGCCUCUGCGGCUACUGGUGUCGGGGCUGGGACUGCUGGAGGCUCCGGUUCCGGGAAAAGCGGUAGACCGACGAUCAACAACCCACCGUCCACUAACGGACCACCGACUCCCGGAGUCCUGUUAGAACAAGUUAAAUUGAGAGAAGCGGCGGCCCGGAUCAGUGACUCAGGACUCGCUAUUCCAGAGUCGGUUCUGGCCGGGAACGAAAUAGCUUUAAUGCGAUGGCUGGAGGACCGAUUGAGCCGAGGAGAAGAAUCAGUAAAUGUGGAACAGUUUUGUGAGAUGUUAGAGAUCAGGAAUGCACCACGAGAUGAGUGUGAGGAGGCCUUUGGUCAGUUUGAUACAGAGGGGGAUGGGGUGGUGGAUGUGGAGAGUAUGUUGUCUGCUCUGAAGAACUCAAACGGAGCCAAUCUUCAGGGAGAGCUGAGUCACGUCAUAAGACAUCUGCAGGCAUGCUCCCUAACCCCAGGUUUCGUGGACAUAUUCUCUAAGUAUAAAGAUGAGUUGGGGGCGCAUGCUUCCAAAAUCCUCAAGUUCCUGCACAGGAACCGUAUUCCCAGCAGUGCCAUCCCGUUCCCACUGCUAGAGGGCUACAACAGCAUCUGUACCAUGAGGUCCACCUUGGUCCAGAACUUCCUGGAAUUCCUCCUGCAGAAAGAGAAAGACCUUGACAUCCAGUACAGAGCAGAGCUGAUCCGGGACCCUGACGUGGACAAGGUCAAGGUGGUCACGCAGUGCUUCAGCUUCAUCGAAGCCUCCUCCAACGCCACGGACAUCCACAGGAUGACGGACGGCGAGACAGGCUCCUUCUGGCAGUCGGACGGCAGCGCACGCUCCCACUGGAUUAGGUUGAAAAUGAAGCCAGACGUGGUGCUGAGACGCCUGGCCAUCGCCGUGGCCUCCAACGACCACAGCUACAUGCCCCAGCUGGUGUCGGUGGCCGUGGGCAAGAACCGGCGCUCGCUCCAGGAGAUCCGGGACAUCCGCAUCCCCAGCAACGUGACGGGCUACGUGGCACUACUGGAGAACGCCAACAUCACGCACCCCUACAUUCAAAUCAACAUCAAACGUUGCCUUAGCGACGGAUGCGACACGCGGAUCCACGGGCUGAAGACGCUGGGCUACCAGAUUACCAAGAGCAAAGAGGUGUCGGUCUCAGACGCGUCGGCUAUCUGGUACCUGUCCCUCCUAACCUCCCUGGUCACCGCCUCCAUGGAAACUAACCCGGUUCUGGCCCAGACUGUUCUCCAGAGUACACAGAAAGCCUUAAGGCACAUGCCGCCUCUGUCCCUGACCCCCUCGUCCACAGAGUUCCCCAAGUUCUUCUCGGCCAACAUCCUGGAGGAGGUGGACGGCUUCCUGCUCAGGAUAGCAGACUGCUGCGUGAGCCCAGAGGCGGAGCUCACCCUGCUGGCCUUCGCCCUGGCCCGGGGCAGCGUGGCCAAGGUGCUCCAGGCGCUGUCGGGCAUCAGCGAGCACCUGGAGACGGAGUACCGGGCCUCCAGCCUCAUCUCCUCCAUGGCCUCCGUCAGGAUGAGGCUGCUCUACCGCAAUGGAAAACCGCUCCAGCUGCACCUGCAGGCCUGCGACGUGAAGAGUAAAGAGGAGAAGUCGGGACCAGAGAACAUGCUGGCGGAGCCCACCACCGGUGACGUAUCUUCCACAGGGUUCCUGACGGAAGGUGGCAAGAAGCGAGCCAGCAUCAUCCUGUCCACGGAGGACCAGAGCAACUUCCAGGUCACCCAGAUGAAGGUCAAGGUCCGGAAGGGAGCCACUGGUGCAAAGUGUGGCCUGGUGUUUGCCUACAAGGAGGCGAACCCCUUCGAUGCGGAGAAGCACUUUGACAGGUUCAAAAAGUUUGACUCGUGGGACUACGACGACUACAAGGAUUUUGUUCAAGACAAUGUGAAGCUUCCGGCGCAGUCAGAGGACCAGCCCAUCGGCUGGUUCGAGCUGGAGGAAGACUGGAACGACGUGGAGAUCAAACUGCAGCAGUGUCGCAUCGCAAAGUUCCUGAUGGUGAAGUUCCUGUGCACGCGGCAGACGUCGGCCGAGCGGCUGGGGGUCCAGUCGCUGGGUUUCCACGGUUACCUGGUCGUGGGAGCGGAGAGGCUGGGGGACGCAGAGGAGCUCCUCCCCGAGGGGGGGGAGGGGCCGGAGGACCUGGCCACCACGGGCCAGAUGCUGCUCAACAAGACCCUGUUCUUCAUCCAGCAGCUGACCCGAGACAUGGAUGUCUCUCAGUUCAAGCAGAAGUUCCUCCUUGACUUCAUUGGCCUCAGCCUCACCCUGUUCUGGAGCCUCUACAGUAAACUGAUGCAAAUCGAGGGAGAGGAGGUGAUGAAGAGCAGAGUGCUGCUGCUCCAGCUGCUCCAGAACUGCUUCCCCAUGCUGCAGAGGGGAGCGUCCGAGGGCCACUGCCCUGACGAGGGAGGGGGUCCCGAGGAGGAGGAGGAGGAGAAGAAGGAUGAGGAGAAGGCAGCCGAGGCGGGCUGUUCGUCUUCCUCCGGAGCCAACGCGGACCCCCCUCACGGAGCCGUGCUGGAGCUCUACACCCACCUCUGCCAGGUCGUGGACAGGCCUGAGACCGAAGCUCUGGUGGAGAAGGCGCUACGGAGGGAGGCGGUCAAGGCCCUGCUAAGUGGAGCGGCCAUCUUCUUCCCAGACAAACACAGCAGGAGAGACAAGCUGUUCCACAUGAUGAAGAACAUCACAGAGGAGGAUCAGCCGGAGUCUGUGAAGGUGACCUUCGAGUCUCUUUGUAAUUAUUUCAGUGACCAGGAUCCCAGUGGUCUGCUGCUUCUCCCUCCAAAGGAGGUGUCCACGGACUUCGACAUCAGCCCCAUCCUGUCUGUCAUGGAGACCCUGCUGCUGGUAGCCACCAGGGAGUGCGAGGUGAUGAUGGGGGUUGUGAGCGGAGGACCCAGCCGGACAGUGCUCCUCUCCCUGUUCUGGGCCCUGCAGGGCAGCCUGCUGUCCUGGUGCUACCUGCAGCUCAAGGCCGACACCACCGGCAUGGGCGCCCAGCUGGCCCGGGACAUCGUGGUCAAAUACGUGAACCAGUUCCUGGGGAGCGCUCAAGGGGCUCUGGCCUCCCUGCUGGAGCGCUACAGCGGAGCUGAGAUAACAGAGAAACUGUCCAGCUCCAUCCUGGCCACAGUCACCCGACAACUGAUGAUCUUCCUGCUGGAGCUGUGCUCCUUGGACAUUCCUCACAGUGUGCUGCUGAAGAGCUUCUCCUCUCUGGUGGAGCUGCUCAAAAACCUGUCCAGUGACACCGGAGACAUCUUCUCAAAGGUGGACCAGGAGAGCUGCCUGCAGCCCCAGCAGCCCGUGGUGCUGAGGACCUGGAACAUGGAGUCCCCGCACAACUACGAGAACAGCCGUCACGAGACCACCAUCUUCUGCUGCCCGGGGGCCACCUCCUUCGUGGUGGAGUUUGACGAGCGCUGCCAGACCGAGAAGAGAUACGACUACCUGGAGUUCACCGACGCCAGGGGCGGGAAAGUGCGCUACGACACGAAGAUCGGCACGGAGAAGUGGCCAAAGAAGGUGACGUUCGACGCAGGCCCUCAGCUCCAGUUCCUGUUCCACUCGGACAGCAGUAACAACGAGUGGGGGUACAAGUUCAGCGUGACGGCCCAGGGCCUGCCCGACAUCACCGUCUCCUGGAUGUCCGACGUCCAGCUGCUGGUGGCCCGGCUCAUGGGCCGUCUGGCCUCCAGAGCCAUGGCCCUCAAGUCCCCUCACGAGAUCCGCAGUGUGAAGGAGCUGCCCCCAGGGAGGAUGGCCCACGUCCAGUCGUCUCCUCUGUGGAAACCCAUCCUCAGACAUGGAGUGUGCGAUGCCAGGGACACGCCCCAAAACAACACACCCUCCGUCCCGAGCCCCACCAUCACCAGUCCGGUGGACGAGUUCCCCCGCUUCCUGGAGGACCUGGCCCGAUGGAACCCCAACCUGGAGCCCAACGAGGGCCCGGCCGAGCCCAUGAGGACCCUGAUGCUGUCCUGCAGGCGGCCCCCCGUCAGGAACGAGAUUGCGGCGGGGUCAACGGUCGACCAGGCGGUGAACGCCAUCUGGGCCGCCAUGGUGUACCACACGCCGGCCUUGCACCAGGCGCUCAAGGCCCACGUGGCUCAGGGCUACAAGUCGUCACUGAGCGAAGACUUUGUCCAGGUCUACACCCUGGCCGACCGAAUCCGGACGUGGAUGCUGGAGACGAAGCAGAGGCACCUCGUCAGCAAGAUGAACGCCCCCGACGAGAAGGAAGGGGCUCAGGAAGAGGUCACCAUGGAGGCGCUGGCCGAGGUGUGCAUCCAGAAGAGCCUCUUGCUGCUGAGGUUCCCCCCCAGCGGUGACACCUCCGGGCCAGCAGAGGGCAGCAGCGCUCCGCUCCUGCUCCGCUCCUGCUCCGUCUCGGAGGGGGACUUCCAGCCCACUACCUCCCCGGUCGCUGCUACUGCCGGUGCCGCCGCCGCCGCCCCCCUGGCCCUGGCCCAGGCCGCUGAGCCCUCCUCGGAGAGUGAGGGCGGGACGGUCCCGGAGGGGGGACAGCAGAACCAGACGGCGGCGGACGCCGGCCUCUCGUCCCAGACGGAGGAGCCGCCGGGCCCGCCGUCUGCCUCCUCCGUGCCGCGCAGGCCCAUCCGGCGGACUCUGGGCCGCGUCCGCCUGCUGUCGUACCGCUCGGUGGAGGAGCCCCGCACGGUGCUCUCGGUCCGGGAGCGCUACCCCAUCCUGAAGCACCUGCUGGACUUCAUGAAGGACCAGGCCCUCACCACCGGCAGCGUCCUGCAGACCCUGGCCCUGAACAAGGCCCAGGCGCAGAGCGUGUGUCGGGUGCUGGAGUCGGUCCAGCAGGGCCUCCUGUCCCUGGGGAAGCCUCACCUCUUCCAGGCCCCCUGCAUCCUCUUCCUGCAGGAGCUGCUGGCCUGCCAGAAAGACUUCAACGGGUACUUCUCCCAGUUGUCGGGCAGCGGGCAGGAGCUUCGGGAGGAGGUACGGCGCUCCUACCACCAGCUGGUGCUCAUGCUGGUGGAGGCGGUGCAGGGCUUCAGUGGCCUCAAUGAGAAGGCACUGCUGCCAGCCCUGUCCUGUGUGCAGACCUGCCUGCUACACCUGCUGGACAUGAGCUGGGAGCCCGAGGACCUGCCCCUCUUCCUGGACAUCAAGCUGCCCGACCUGCUCCUCAACAUGUCCCAGGAGAACAUCAGCGUCCAUGACAUCGCUAUAAGCCAAUGGACGGAGGAGGACGAGAUCGCCGUCUACAAGAAGAACCAGGAGUGGAUGGACGAGUGCGCGGACGGGAUGUUCGAGAAGUGGUACGACAAGAUCGGGGAGGAGGGCUCCGUGGAGGACCGGAGGAAGAUGCACCGGUUCAUAGCGCGCUACUGCGACCUGCUGAACGUGGUGAUCUCCUGCGACGGCUGCGAGCGCAUCGCCCCGUGGCACCGCUACCGCUGCCUGCAGUGCAUGGACAUGGACCUCUGCAAGACCUGCUUCCUCAGUGGAGCGAAACCCGAGGGCCAUGAGGACGACCACGAGAUGGUCAACAUGGAGUACGCCUGCGACCACUGCCAGGGCCUCAUCGUGGGCAGCAGGAUCAACUGCAACGUGUGCGAGGACUUUGACCUGUGCUUUGGCUGCUACAACGCCAAGAAGUACCCAGACAGCCACCUGCCCACCCACCGCAUCACCGUGUUCCCCAUGGUGACCAUCCGCAUCAGCGACCGCCACCGGCUGAUCCAGCCCUACAUCCACAACUACUCGUGGCUGCUGUUCGCCGCCCUGGCCCUCUACACCUCGGCCCUGGCCAGCGAGAGGCGGCUGGACGGGGAGCCCCUGAAGACGGGCAGCCUGGACCGGGCGCUGGCCCUGCAGGGCCGCUGCUCCCAGCUCAUCACCGAGUGCCUGCUCAAGGGCCAAGACGCCAAAGGCCUGCGCUCGUCGGCCUUGCUCGCCUUGCUGUCCUCCAACGAGACGUCGUCCGACAGCGAGCUUGGCCCCAACUCCCCGGAGUCGUCGCGCGAGCUCAGCACCGCCGACAACACCGACAACUCCUCCCUCCCCGGGAGCACGGCGGCCGUCUGCUCGCCCACCUCCCCCCGGGACACGAGUAAAACCUCAGGGAAGGAGACCAGCUCCAGAGAGGUGGUCCCCGAGACCCCCACAGUGGCCCCGGAACCCCCAGCCAAGACCACCACCACCACCCCUACCCCCACCACCAGCCCCACCCUCACCAACACCACCACCACUGCUGACUCCUCCACCCCGACCCCGCCAGGCCCCGGGGACGACCCCAAAGGGAGGAGGCUGGUGCAGCAGGACACGCUGGACUCGCCCAGCCUCAGCCAGACCCCCUCCGUCUCCCGCGAGGACCCCCUCUCCCCCGUAGUCCGACCGUCGGAGCCGACGGGUCUGGCCCUGGCCGCGUCUCCAGCGUCAGAGCUGAUGGGUCUGGCCCUGGCCGCGUCUCCAGCGUCAGAGCUGACGGGUCUGGCCGCGGCCGCGUCUCCAGCGUCGGAGGCGGGAAAGGAGCAGGCGGAGCGGCUGAGCCAGGCGCCGCGCCAGGACCACGUGUUCUCCGACUGCUCCCGGGAGAGGAUCUUGGGCCUGCUGGCCGCCAUGUUGCCCCCAGCCAAGCCGGGGUGCGGUCUGUCCCUGCCCAGCCUGAGCUCCAUCCUGCCCCAGCUCUUCCGGGUGGUGGUGUCCAACGCGGGCUGCCUGGACGAGACGUACCACCUGACCCUGGGGCUGCUGGGCCAGCUGCUGCUGCGGAUCCCCCCGGCGGAGGCGGACGGCGCCGUGGGCGAGGCCCUGGCCGACAAGUACGAGCUGCUGGCCCAGCUGGAGGCGGCCGGCACCGAGACCCCCGGCUGGAAGACCACCCAGCUGCUCUUCUGCCUGGGGGCCGUCUGCCUGGACAGCCGCAUCGGCCUGGACUGGGCGUGCUCGGUGGCGGACAUCCUGCGCGGGCUGAACGCCUGUCCCCAGUGGAGCGUGGUCAUCGCCGCCUUCACCGACCACUGCGUGCAGCAGCUGCCACACACGCUCCGACGCACCAACCUGUUCACUCUGCUGGUGCUGGUGGGCUUCCCCGAGGUGCUGUGCAUGGGCACCCAGUCUGUGUUUGUGGACAACGCCAACGAGCAGCACCACAUGAUCCUCCUCAAGCACUUCACCGAGAAGAACCACGCGGCCGUGGUCGACGUCAAGACCCGCAAGAGGAAGACCGUGAAGGACUACCAGCUGAUCCAGCCCCAGGACUCCAGCUGGGCCGGCCUGCCCGCCCAGGCGGAUGGCCAGCCGGCCCACAAGGCCCUCAUCAGCCGCUACCUGGACAGCUUCAUCUCCAUCAUCAGCCACCUGCUGAAGGGCAGCCCCGACCCCGGCUCCCCGGACGCUGUGGAGGCCUCCUGGGUCCUCUCCCUGGCCCUCAAGGGCCUCUACAACACACUCAAGAAGCAGGGCGUGGAGGAGGCCCAGCAGGCCAUCCAGCGCUCGGGGCUCACCCAGCUGCUGGUGAGGAAGUGCAGCAAGGGGACGGGCUUCAGCAAGCUGUGGCUGCUGCGCGACCUGGAGAUCCUCUCCGUCAUGCUGUACUCCUCCAAGAGGGAGAUCCACUCCAUGGCCCAGGACCCCGAGCGCGACGAGCGGGAGCCGGAGCCCGACCGGGAGCAGGACUCGGACCACUCCAGCUGCUGCACCGAGGAGCCCCGGGAUCCCAGCCGGCCCGACCCCCUGGAGGGCCUGGACGAGGAGACCAAGAUCUGCUUCCAGAUUACCCACGAUGCUCUGAACGCACCGCUUCACAUCCUGCGGGCCAUGUACGAACUGCAGAUGAAGAGGACCGACUCCUUCUUCCUGGAGGUGCAGAAGAGGUUCGACGGGGACGUGAUCAAGACGGACGAGACCAUCCGCACGCUGGCCCAGAAGUGGCAGCCCAGCAGGAGGCCUCGCUCGGAGCGGACCACCAAGGCCGUGGACACGGACAUGAUCGUGGUGUCGUGCGUGGCCAAGCCCAGCCACUGCGAGCGGGCCACGGAGGAGAUCAACCUGGUGGCCCAGAAGCUGAUCACCAGCUCGGAGGGCGACCUGCAGCUGAGCUACGCCAAGCAGCGCCGCACCAAGAGCUCGGCCCUGCUGCACAAGGAGCUUGACGCACGCAGCAACCGCGCCGUACGCCAGUACCUGGUCAAGGUGAACCAGGCCAUCGCCACGCUGUACGCCCGCCACGUGCUGGCCGCGCUGCUGGCCGAGUGGCCGGCGGGCCAGCCGCUGAGCGACGAGGCCCUGGAGCUCAGCGGCUCCUCCCACAUGGCCUACAUCCUGGACAUGCUGGUGCAGCUGGAGGAGAAGACCCUGUGGGAGAAGAUCCUCCAGAGGGUACUGAAGGGCUGUGGCCAGAGCAUGCUGUGCAGCCUGUCCCUCACCGCCUGCCAGUUCAUGGAGGAGCCAGGCAUGGCCGUCCAGAUCCGGGAGUCCAAGCACCCCUACGACAACAACACCAACUUCGAGGACAAGGUGCACAUCCCGGGGGCCAUCUACCUGUCGGUCAAGUUCGACCCGCGCUGUCACAGCGAGGAGGGCUGUGACGAGCUCAUCAUGUCCAGCAGCGCCGACUUCCUGCAGGACCUGCACACCUUCAGCGGCUCCCCGCAGAAGUGGUCCGACUUCGAGAUCCCCGGCGACACACUAUACUACAAGUUCGUGGCAGACAUGAGCAACACGGAAUGGGGCUACAAGUUCACGGUUACCGGUGGACACAGGGGACGCUUCCAGACAGGCUUUGAGAUCCUGAAGCAAAUGUUGGCUGACGAGGCGGUGCUCAGUCACCUGCCACUAUCGGACAUAUGGGAGUGGCAGGUGGGCGUGGCCUGCCGCCAGACGGGCACCCAGCGUCUCAAAGCCAUUCACCUCUUGCUCCGCCUCCUGCAGUGUCAGUCACAGACGGCCUGUGAGCUGAUGCUGCUGCGGCCGCUGUGGCAGCUGUUUGUCUCCAUGGAGACCACUCUGUGCCAGGACCCGGCGUGCAUCACGGUGCUGCUGCCCCUCCACCGCGCCCUCACCGAGCUCUUCUUCAUCGCAGAGUCCAGGGCCACGGCUCAGGGCAUCCUCCAGGAAUACCUGCUGGCCAUGACCACGGACCAGCAGCUCCUCAAUCACACUGCCAUGGCACUGAAGAACAUUGCGGCCAUCAGCCUCGCAAUCAAUUACCCGAAUAAAUCGACCAAACUGCUCAGCAUGCCCUCCUGAGCGAGCCAGGGGAGAGGAGAGGAGAGGAGCGCAGCGAGAG